AUGAAAUAUGGCCUCUAUGCUGAACAUGAACGUCCUGGGGCCCGAAAUGGGUCGGAGGAUGAGUUUGAUUUUGAUUCUGCAUUCAGCUCCGAAUCGAAUCACGCGCUGACGGAUGAAAGCACGAUCGAUCAACAAGAGGAACGGGCCAUUCCGGAUGGCUUAAUGGAACGCGAACGCUUGAAGUCGCUCGAGGAUGAGCACGAGGUGUUGUCGUCCAAUCUGAUUGCACUUACGUCCCACUUUGCCCAGGUACAGCUGAGGCUGCGACAAAUUGUAGAGGCACCCCCGGUUGAACGCGACGGCUUGUUGAAAAACCUGGAAGAAUUUGCCUUCCUCGGCAUACCCGAAAUACAACAGAAUCCUGUGAAACAGAACAUUCCGGAGAUUGUGGCCAAUCUCGAUCGGAGUCCGGAAUCGGUGGAAAAUCUGCGCGAAAAGCAGCACGAACUUAUCGAACACCUCAAGUCGCAGCUGUUGGAUUUAGAGCGGUAUGCGUACGAAUCCGGCGCGGGUGUUCUUCCGCAGUCGAUACUGCUUGAAAAACAAAAGGUAAUCAUCGAAGAGAUUAAAAAGAAAAUCAAUCUAAACCUGAACGAGCUAGACUUGCCGCAGCUUACCUCGGAAGAUUUGCGCCAGCAGGUCGACAGUGCCCUAGAUGAGCUGGUAAAUCCGCUCAAAAUGAAGGAGCAACUGGUGACACAACUGAAGACACAGAUUCAGGACUUGGAAAGGUUUAUCGGCUUCUUGCAGACGAACGAAAAGGCGGAAAUUAAGAAACGCUUUUUGGAACAACAGCAAAAACAGCAGCUCAGCGCCAAGGAAGCUGGACGCUCAAAAAAUGUACCCGAACGCCAAACGGUCUCUAAACCUGAAUCUUCGCAAAGCUCAACGAUCCAUAGCAAUGCCAACCAAACGGCUACCAGGCGAGAAUCGUUCAACAGCAAAGCUUUCGGCCUGAUGGAUAAAGCCGGAACGUUAUUACAAAUGUUUGCCCUGUCCCAGUUCAACUGCGGAAGUGAUCGAAAUCGGGAUGCAAACUAUCAGUCGAAAAUGAUGACACGGACCAGAGAGAAUUGCUGGGGCGAUAUACGCGCCCGGUUGGAGUACGACGUGCAGGAGAUUGCGUCUCUAGCCAUGACACUACAGAGUGAGCUACCGACGACAGACCCCGAUCACCAAGAAGAGGAAGACGAUGAUCUAUCACGCCCUUCCCGAGGCAAUCGGAAGAAUUACGAGCUGACGCUGUUGGUUCGCAAGCGUCUUGCUAAAACGAUUCAACGGUUGAUGCAGCAUGGGUUGAGGGGAGUGUCCGAAAACACCAGCAAUAGUUUGGUACCAUUCAUAUCGGGAUGCUUUUCAUCUGGUGGCACAGGCCCCAGUGGCAGCAGUAGUAAUAGUGGAGCAAAUCGACCCAACAUGGAUUCCAGAUCCGACGAACGUUUUUACCGUCCGGAAGUGAGACGUAAAAGUACAGGCGCAACAACUACUGCUCCGAAAAAGCAGUCCCGAUCCACCGAAGAUGUGUCUAUGGCAAGUGUGGAACAAAAUUUGUUCUCUCAGCUUGACGACGACGAUGACGAUGAUGAGUAUAUUGAGCAACGUUUCGGAGGUAGCUCCGAACCGGAAAUGCAUGCCUGGGAGUUGCUGUUGGUGUAUUAUAACAUAAAAAAUGGCGAACGGUACAAUUCUACACCGGCGAGAAAGCUAUCGGAGAGCUUCAACUUGGACAUCGUGGAUGGGAGACCACUAUCAAACAAACAGAGUCUUCUUAGCGCAAUAGGAUCGAUCAUUGCGCUCCAUAGCCCGUACAAGCGGAGCUACGAUUCACAGUUUAAGGCGUUGAUCUGCGCUGGUCUCAAUGCCCAAAAGUUAACACAAUGGCUGUACCUUAUCUUCCAAAGCAAAGAGCUGGUCAGCUCGUACUAUUAUAGCUGGAGUUACGUAGCCAACACAGGUUUCCGUGACGCACUGAAGACCCUGGAUAGUUUGACACAGUAUCGCUUCGAUCUACCGGUGGACUUAUCUGUUCGGCAAUUUAAGAACAUUAAGGACGUUUUUAUGUAGUUUCAAGUGCUAGAGCACCUGUUCAGUCCUAGUUUCGAUAAUGACCGUUGGAACUAUUUGAACAGUUUUAGUUUUCUUCGGUACCUUUUCAAAUUACAACUAUUCCUAACGAAUGCUCUGUUGAGAUGCAAGUCAAAUAUCUAAAGCUAGCCUAAACCACAAUGAAAGACAUCCAUCCCUGUUACCACAAACAGUUAUAAAUAUCUUCUGUACUAGAAUAUUGUAAUAUCUAUCAAAACUUUCAAAGCGGUCCAAGUAAAGAAAUGUACAUCGAUAGAGCGAAAGAGAAUGUUAAC